AGGCGUUGCUGACGCGAACGAGUGGAAAGGGAAAUGGCGGACAUCGAAGACGUUAAACUGGACGGGAGGCCGCUACAAUCUCUCCGCGUGGCGGAUUUGAAAGCUGCUUUGGAGGAGCGCGGACUUCCUAAAAGCGGACAGAAAAAUACUCUCGUUAAGAGACUCAAAGGGGCUCUCAUGCUGGAGAACCUCCAGAGAACCUCACACCAUCACAUAGGACUGCAGCCAAACUCCCAGAUUGGUGAAGAGAUGAGCCAGAACAGCUUCAUAAAGCAGUAUUUGGCGAAACAGCAGGAGCUCUUGAGGCAGCGUCUGGAGAGAGAAGCCCGUGAAGCAGUUGAAGAUGAUGAUACAGACAAAGAGGACCACACAAAGGACAAUAACAGCUCUGCCUGUGCUGCCCCAGACCAGGAUGUGUUGGUUGACCAGCACAAGCUUUUUGGCCUCUCUGAGGGAAAGGGACUAGCAGGCCCAGCAAGCGAGGGAGAGGGGCACAUGUCCAGAGACGGCCAUGUGUCUGCUCCACCUGCCCCUACCUCUGCUGCCGUUGCCUCUCUGGCUGUGCGUGUUGGUGAGCAGAGACCGGAGAGAGUCCCAACCUCUAGUCAAGUCCCAGCAGAUAGUGAUGAUGACGGCGCUGAUGAGGACUGGGAUAGCGGUGCCAGGAGGAGGAAUCUAGGAGAGCCACCAAGAGGCCAACUAGCAAGAGUGAGGUCUGGAGGAUCCCGCCAACACCCACAGCACAUUCCCCCCCUAUUGUCUCCGCAGCUUCGACAGCCUACCCCUCCUCCCUCCCCUCCCCCAGAGUUAUCAUUCCCACUGCCUGAUACCCCUAAACAAAGCCCCCCUAGUCCAGGUGAGCCCCCAGCUAGACAGCGUACUUCCAGUACCUCCAGCUCUGGCUCCUCUAGCAGUGGCAGUUGUAGUAGCAGCCCAGAUCCACAAAGCAACACAGAGCGCAAGCCUGGCCCACUGACCCUGCUGGCACGCAAGAUGGCAUCAGAGGGGGCUUUCUCUGGAGUUGGGUGGCAUGGACGUGGGGAUGCAGAGAGGCAGGACAACAAUGCUGCAACUGCAACAAUGUCUUCUGGUAGAGGUCCUCAAGAUGGCACAGUGUCUGCCAUCACCCACACAACCAAUGCUGCAGCCAGUUUGCCCUUCCCCAGACUGGUUCCAGUAACAAACCAGGGAGUUCUUGGAGGCCAUCUCCCCCACAGUGAAGUUCCUGUGAGUGUGCUUAGGCCCACUAUUAUGGAAGAGAGAGAUGCUGCAUGGCAGCAAGAAAACAAGGAAAAGGAGCUGCAGGCAGAGAGGGAAAGAGAAAAAUCCCCUGAGCAAGAGCGACUUGGUGCCAUGGAGCAGGAAAGACUGGAGAGGCAGAGAAUAUUUGAGCAACAACGUGCUGUGGAGCAAGAGAGGGAAAGAGCUUUGGAGCGAGAGAGGAAGGAGAGAGAGAAAGCUUUGGCGCGAGAGAGGAAGGAGAGGGAGAUGGCUUUGGAGCGAGAAAAAGCUUUGGAGCAAGAAAGGAAGGAGCGGGCUUUGGCGCGAGAGAGAGCACAAGCUCUUGAACGAGAAGAGGAGGAAAGAGAGAAAGCUUUGGCAAAAGAGAGGGAAGAGCGAGAGAAAGCUAUGCAAUUAGAAAAGCAGAGAGCCAUGGAACGAGAGCGAGCUUUGGAGCAGGAGCGCGAGAGGGAGGAGAAGGCAGCUUUGGAGCGCGAGAGGGAGGAGAAGGCGGCUUUGGAGCGCGAGAGGGAGGAGAAGGCGGCUUUGGAGCGCGAGAGGGAGGAGAAGGCGGCUUUGGAGAGGGAGGAGAAGGCGGCUUUGGAGAGGGAGGAGAAGGCGGCUUUGGAGAGGGAGGAGAAGGCGGCUUUGGAGAGGGAGGAGAAGGCGGCUUUGGAGAGGGAGGAGAAGGCGGCUUUGGAGAGGGAGGAGAAGGCGGCUUUGGAGAGGGAGGAGAAGGCGGCUUUGGAGAGGGAGGAGAAGGCGGCUUUGGAGAGGGAGGAGAAGGCGGCUUUGGAGAGGGAGGAGAAGGCGGCUUUGGAGAGGGAGGAGAAGGCGGCUUUGGAGAGGGAGCGUAUGGUGAAGGUUUUGGAGUUAGAGCGGCAGAAAGCUUUGGAACGGGAGAUGAGGGAGAAAGAGAGGGAGGAGAAGGUGAGGGCUUUGGAGCAAGAAAGAAUCGAAAGGGAGAAAGCCCUUGAGAAAGAAAGAACCAUGGAGAAAGAGAGAGAGGAGAGGGAGAGAGCCUUAGAACAGGAGAAGGUCCUACAGAGAGAAAAAGAGAAGGCUUUGGAACAGGAGAUGAGGGAGAAAGAGAGGGAGGAGAAGGUGAGGGCUUUGGAGCAAGAAAGAAUCGAAAGGGAGAAAGCCCUUGAGAAAGAAAGAACCAUGGAGAAAGAGAGAGAGGAGAGGGAGAGAGCCUUAGAACAGGAGAAGGUCCUACAGAGAGAAAAAGAGAAGGCCUUGCAGAGAGAGAAAGAGGAGAAGGAGAGAGCUUUGGAACAGGAGAAUGUCUUGCAGAGAGAGAAAGAGGAGAGGGAGAGAGCUUUGGAACAGGAGAAGGCCUUGCAGAGAGAGAAAGAGGAGAAGGAGAGAGCUUUGGAACAGGAGAAGGCCUUGCAGAGAGAGAAAGAGGAGAAGGAGAGAGCUUUGGAACAGGAGAAGGCCUUGCAGAUAGAGAAAGAGGAGAGGGAGAGAGCUUUUGAACAGGAGAAGGCCUUGCAGAGAGAGAAAGAGGAGAGGGAGAGAGCUUUGGAACAGGAGAAGGCCUUGCAGAGAGAGAAAGAGGAGAAGGAGAGAGCUUUGGAACAGGAGAAGGCCUUGCAGAGAGAGAAAGAGGAGAAGGAGAGAGCUUUGGAACAGGAGAAGGCCUUGCAGAGAGAGAAAGAGGAGAGGGAGAGAGCUUUGGAACAGGAGAAGGCCUUGCAGAGAGAGAAGGAGAGAGCUUUGGAACAGGAGAAGGCCUUGCAGAGAGAGAAAGAGGAGAGGGAGAGAGCGUUGGAACAGGAGAAGGCCUUGCAGAGAGAGAAAGAGGAGAGGGAGAAAGCUUUGGAACAGGAGAAGGCCUUGCAGAGAGAGAAAGAGGAGAAGGAGAGAGCUUUGGAACAGGAGAAGGCCUUGCAGAGAGAGAAAGAGGAGAGGGAGAGAGCUUUGGAACAGGAGAAGGCCUUGCAGAGAGAGAAAGAGGAGAGGGAGAGAGCUUUGGAACAGGAGAAGGCCUUGCAGAGAGAGAAGGAGAGAGCUUUGGAAAAGGAGAAGGUCUUGCAGAGAGAGAAAGAGGAGAGGGAGAGAGCUUUGGAACAGGAGAAGGCCUUGCACAGGGAGAGGGAGAGAGCUUUGGAACAGGAGAAGGCCUCGCAGAGAGAGAGGGAGAGAGCUUUGGAACAGGAGAAGGCCUCGCAGAGAGAGAGGGAGAGAGCUUUGGAACAGGAGAAGGCCUCGCAGAGAGAGAGGGAGAGAGCUUUGGAACAGGAGAAGGCCUCGCAGAGAGAGAAAGAGAAGAGGGAGAGUCAUCUUCCUCCAUGGAAGCGUAGUCGUGAGUUUGGUCUUACCCCCCUGCCUACUCCUCCCCUCUCCACAGGCGCAGGUAAGAUGGCGGCAACAGAGGAGGGUGGGGAGCCCAAAGUGCCAUCCCUACCCCAAAAAGCAUUAAGAGACAACCAGCCAGCUGAAUCUGGUACGCCCCUGUCACAAUCUCUAGCAAUGUCUCUGUCACCCCAGUCCUCCUUCAAGAAGUUCCGUUUCUUGAGAGACCCCAUAGUUCUAUCCCAAUCUUCUGCAUCCGGGAUCAUCAAGAGGCCCCGUACAUUCUCUGAACGCCACCAUCCUCAGUCCUUAGCUCUCCAGUCCCCCAGCAAAUUUGGGGAACCAGAGCAGGAAGGUACUCAGCAGGGGUCCCAGCCUUCUGCUGGACAAGCAGCACCAAAGAAGCCUGCAAGACAGGGGGUCCUUGUUUCUGGAGCAGACACGUCGGGGACGACAGGGCCAGAGAGGGAGACCCGAGUGAUUUCCACACUGGGCAAGAGUCCUGAAGAAGAAAAGGGUCAGAGCCUGGUGUCAGAGGAGCAUGUCCAAGCACAUAGAGAGGAGACAGACAAACAGGUGGUGGGAGAGACGGCCAGAGAAGCAAAAGCCCCCUCAGGUCCAGCGGGAGCUGUGCUACCUCCCUCACCCCAACCAGUGGAAGGCAAGGUAGAAAAAGGAAGGGAGAGGAGUCAAAAGAAAGAAGAAAAGCUGGGAAGACGGUCUUCCUCGUCGAAUGACUCCUCAGAUUCUGGGUCGUCGUCCUCAGGUUCGUCUGGUUCAUCGUCAUCCCAGGGCAAAACGCACACCACUCCCAGUGGUAGAAGGCCUGAGAAACCUCAGACAAACACCAUAUCCCAGGAUACGGAAACGGUUAGUCAACCUGAGGAUCCAACUGAGGCACCAAAAGCCCCACAGCACAAAAAGAGAGUAUCUGGGGAGGAGAAAGAGGACAUAAACAUUGUUGGAGCCAGACACUGGAAGAAACCAUUCCUUGGAAUACAUGCUGGAGAAGACAAUGGGCAGAAGGACAGCGAGGGAGAGGAGGUAAAGACAGACACUACAAGGGAGGUGAAUGAGGCUGCCAUGGCUGAGCCUAAGAAGGCUCCUGAGAGCAGUGAGGAGUGUGAGACCCCAAAGACAUUCACAGCCCGUAGGAUCUCCCUUAGCAGCAGCAAGGCCUCUCCAGGUGCUGUCAGUGCAGAGGGCGAAACAGAGUCUGGGGCCGGGAGGAAGAGGCGAUGGGGAUCCAGCACUGCAGUCACAGCCAAGAAAUCAUCCAUGAGCAUUACCACAGACUCUCUGAAGUCUCUGAUCCCAGACAUCAGACUGUGUCCAGGCCAGGAGAUGGUGGUGGAUUUGCACCCAGAGGAGGAUCACCUCUCUGGGGUGGAGGAGGAGGGCAGGGAGCGGGGUGAGCAGGACCUCAAGAUCAGACGCACAGUCACACAGGUGGUCCCGUCAGUGACCCAGGAGAAUGGACAGAAGGAGUCCAAGAGGAGUCAACAUGAGGAGGAAGACCGAGAGGAUGGAGGGGAGGUUAAAGGAGACAGAGAGGAGAAGAUGGAUGGCUCAUUCCAGAGAGACUCAUUGGAGACACAAUGCCCCUCUCCCACCAGCCAUGACAUGGAGAUGAAAACAGUGACCCCCAGUGACACAUUGAUCCGUCGCUCCAUCAGCCAGCAGAAGUCUGGCGUGUCCAUCACCAUAGAUGACCCUGUCCGCACGGCCAAGCAGCCCUCUCCUCCACGAGGCAAAUUGUCCAACAUCGUCCACGUGUCCAACCUGGUUCGUCCGUUCACCCUGGGCCAGCUGAAGGAGCUGCUCGGUAGGACCGGCACUGUGCUCGAGGACGGUUUCUGGAUCGACAAGAUCAAAUCUCACUGCUACGUCACAUACUCCAGUGCAGAGGAGUCAAUUGCCACUCGUGCAGCCCUGCAUGGGGUGAAAUGGCCUCAGAGCAACCCCAAGUUCCUCAGUUUGGACUUCAUUCAGCAGGAGGAGCUGGAUUUCCAGAGAGGCCUGCCUCCCCCUGAGAGGGCUGGGGAGGCUGAGCGGGGGGCUGCAGCGGUGCCUGGUCGGGGUGCGGCCCUGCCCCCUCUCCUGCCCGAACGGGAACAGUGGGCGGAGCGAGAACGUGAGAUGGAGCACAGGGAGAGGACCCGGGCUGAGAGGGAGUGGGACAGGGACAAGGUCCGGGACUUAGGUCCAGGAAAACCUGGAGAGGAAGCUGUCCCCAGACGAUCCCGCUCCAGAGAGAGGAAACGCAAGGAGAGGAAGAUGGACAAGAAAGAGAAAGCUGCAGACGAACUUCCUGUCAAACUGCUGGAUGAACUGUUCAAUAAAACCAAAGCAGCCCCUUGUAUAUACUGGCUCCCCCUCACAGAAGAGCAGUUUGCACAGAAGGAGACAGCUCGACAAGAGCGGAUGAAGAGGAGGAAGGAGCAGCAAGAGGAGGUGGAGAAGAAAAGGGAGGAAGAGCGCAAAGAAAGGAUGAAAGCCGCGAGUGUCGCAUCUGGAGAAAGAGGCGAGGGGGAGCGGUACAGAGAGCGAGAGGGAGACUGGGGCAGAGAUGGAGAGAGUGGCAAACACAGAGAAGACUGCUACCGCAGACCUGGGGGCAGCAGUGCAGGGGGGGCCAGACGCUCACGCAGCCGCAGUGACCCCCCACCUCGUGACAGACGACGCUAGAGGGAAUCGGUGGCUGGAACUGUCCUAAAAUAACCCCUCCAUUCCCCAUCACUACAUUUACUUUGUUACAAUAUAAGACCCUACAGUAGACCAACAGAUGUAGUCACUAUCUGUCACUUUUUUAAACACACACCGACACACAUACAGAUAGGGUUUAUGGUUUAGCGGUGUUUUGCCCAGGCUGCUAUCUGUCUUGCUCCAUUCUGAAAGUUUAGAUUUUAUUUCAUUUUGCCUGACUGUUUUCAUAAUUUUUUUAAUUUUUAUUAUAUUCUUGUGAGAUUGACAGUAAGGCAAUCGUAGAGUUCUAUGCAUACACACACUGGUUUUUGGCCUUCACCAGUUGUGUGUGUGUUCCACGACUGGUUUCUGUGAUGUGCUUCAUCAUUGCUGCAUGUUGUCCCAGUCCACUGUCCUCAGCCUUGUGUCCUAGGGAGGACUGAGAUGGUUGUGCAGUGUUCUGUCCCCUCUGUCUUUGGUUUGAGGGAUGAGACUAUAUUAUCUGCAAGAUAUUAGAAAUGACACGCUCCUCUGAUUUGUGUUUUCAUCUUCUAAACGCUUCUUUCUGCUCAUCCAAUAGUUCUCCCUAUACGGUCAACGCAAGCUGGAGAAGGGGUGCAUAUUAAAACUCCACACAAAUGGUUUUAAUAGUUUUUUUUAAUCAUUAUUAAAGCUUUUCUUUUUUGUUUACUCCUGUGAAUGUACAAAUAAAAUAAGUUUGACAAAG